AUGGAUCUGUUUGAUUUUGUUUCAGACUUGGUUCUUAUCCAUAUCAUUUCCUUUCUUCCAUUCAAAGAAGCUGCAAAGACAAGCAUACUCUCCAAACGAUGGAGAUAUAUAUGGCAGUCCACCAAAAGCAUAGAAUUCGAUGAGACAUUCUUCAUGAGGGGUAAUCUGCUUGAAGGUGAUGAUGAAGAAGAGUCUCAGAGGAGGGAUUUCAUCGAAUUUGCCCGAAAAUGGAUGAUGAAGUACCAAGAACCGAAGGUAGAUAAGUUCCGAUUAUCGUUCGGUUACCCUAAUGAGUUCAAUUCCGAAAUUGAACAAUGGAUUAGGGUUGUCAUAAAUCGGAAAGUAGACGAAAUUGAUCUCAACUUCUAUGGGUUAGGAUGGGAAGGAAAGUUUCCAUCAGAUCCUGAAGCAUUUUUUGAUAUACCCUUUUGUUUGUUUAAACAUAGAGGACUCCAAUCACUGAGCUUAUCUGUUUGUAAUCUCAAUAUUUCAAUGUUCAAAAACUUGAGCUCACUGAAGAACCUCUCACUAGGUUAUAUCAGAUUAUCACAAAGGGUUUUUGAGGAUUUGGUUUCAAAUUGUCCAUCACUUGAAACCCUAAAUCUCAAGAAUUGUGUUGAUCUUGAAGAUAUAAAACUGUAUGAAGGAACAGAAACCCGGUUGCGAAAAUUGUGUAUAUGUGAUUGUUCUCCCCUUCAAAGCAGGAUCAAGAUCUCCUUACCAAGUCUUAGAUUCUUCAAAUAUUUUGGAUCAAUCAGAAGCUUAGAACUACAACACUUACCAAGCAUUGAGAAGGCUGAACUUGAAUUUAAAUUUGCAUAUAUACAAUCUGAUAAGUUCAGAUAUUUCCUUUAUCUCAUUCUUCCAGGUCUUCAUCUAGUGAAGUGCUUAACUGUUUGCUCUUAUGUGACUCAGGUUCUUCCUAAGAGGACACUGGAUUUUAUUCCACCUUCAAAAUACCUUGAAACUAAGCAUUUGAUCUUAAAGGAUGAAGGCUCUUCUGAUGAGUUUGAUUUUAAAGGAUUCUGUAAAGAACGCGAAAUGCAAGUGCGUUUUUGCUGCUUGCGAGAAAAUUUAAAAGUGAUAAAGGUAGAAGGCUUCCUAGGGUUUAAAUAUGAAGAAGAACUACUACAAUAUCUUAUGAAAGAAGCUCAGGUCUUGGAAAGGAUAAGUAUAAGUACUUGUAAGGAAAUGGAUAUUGAUGAUGAACCUCCUGACUUGUACUUUCAAAAAGCUCAAAGGGUUCUAGGUUUUGAGAGAGCCUCUCCUAACCUGUUGGUUUCGAUACAGUAA